AAGACGUAAUGUUUGUCCACUAGUAAUUGAUUGGUUUUUUGGAUAAAAUUGUUGUUUGCUAAUUGUUGCAUUCUCAUGUGCGUGACAAGUUGGUAGAAGAAAGAAAUUACUGCCCCUGUUUCACACCAGUGAAAAUUUCAUCAGAGAAGGGUAGCGAUGUAAUUGUGAGGAGGAGAGAAAGUUAUUUUGAUUCAAGUUUACGAGAGCGUAUGGUUUAAAAAAAAAAUGAUGUGCACUGAUAAAUCAUUUAUAAUAAACACUGCAAUAUUCCAUAGUAAAUGAGAAUUGUCAAUUUGGAUUUCAUGGUGACUUCAAGCUAAUAGCUCAGACAGUGUGCUUGAGAAUAAAGUAAUGAAAAUAUCUGAAAAUACAGAAGCACAGAUGAGUAAAUGUUAUGUUUCUGAAGCCUGAAGCAGUGUCAAACGGGGACAAACUGUUUAUUUAUGCCUGUUUAUUACAGAGGAACUGUGAGGACUGGAGAUUUGUAUGGACUGCACUGAGCUUGUUGUAUAACUUCAAACACUCAUCCCCGUCCAUAAUCAGCCAUGCUAAUGCUACCAUGUAUAAAUGGAUUGUUUGAAAGCAUAUUUAACAUUUCCAUUUUUGUUUCCUCUUCCUCCAUCUCCCAUUUUUCUUGUGCUUUUCCCUUCUUGUCUUAUACCUUUUUUCCAAUCCACUGUGCUUCUCCAAAUCCUUUCUAUCACAGAAACUUCCGGAAACACCUGAGGAUGGUGGGCAGCAGGAGAGUGAAAGCCCAGACAUUUGCUGAUCGCAAUGCGAAGAGUUUCAGCCGGUCCUGGAGUGACCCGACACCUGUCAAGCCUGACUCUCUCCAUGACUCCAGAGACAGUGGAGACCUCCAGGCAUCGUCUGGCAAUCUAGAUGAAGAAGACUGCGAUGAUGUCGACUGGGAGGAAGAGAGAGAGUCGGAAAGAGCAGCUUGUGAGGGUGAUGACUUCAUCCCACCCAAAAUCAUGCUAAUUUCAUCAAAAGUCCCAAAGGCCGAAUACGUUCCCAACAUCAUCCGUCGGGACGACCCCUCCAUAAUCCCCAUUCUCUAUGAUCAUGAGCAUGCCACCUUUGAUGAUAUACUAGAGGAGAUUGAAAAGAAACUCACCGCCUACAGAAAAGGCUGCAAAAUCUGGAACAUGCUCAUCUUCUGUCAGGGAGGUCCGGGUCAUCUCUACCUACUGAAGAACAAAGUGGCCACAUUUGCUAAAGUAGAGAAGGAGGAGGACAUGAUACAGUUCUGGAAGAGACUUGGCAGAUUCAUGAGUUUAUUAAAUCCCAAGCCUAACCCCAUCCACAUUAUGGGCUGCUAUGUGCUCGGCAAUGCGAACGGAGAAAAGCUUUUUCAAAACCUCAAGAGACUGAUGAAACCUCAUGCCAUUGAGUUUAAGUCUCCUCUGGAACUGUCAGCUCAGGGUAAGGAGAUGAUCGAGAUGUACUUCGAUUUCCGCCUCUAUCGCUUGUGGAAGAGCCGCCAGCACUCCAAACUUCUCGACUACGAUGACCUUUUGUGACAUUGAGUCGUUGGUUAAAGCAGCCCAAGAGGCAGGUAGCUUUCUUUAGGGCCCAUGUGGCAACGCUCCCUCCGGAGAGAGCCUGGGCGGAAAAGCCCUGAGGUGGAAGGAGGAAGAUGAGGAUGAGGAUGAGGAUGGCUGACAUUGAGAAGACGUUCCAAUUCACCGCUCCUCAGAUGAAACGAGGGGAAGCAGCCAUUACUGUUAGGUGCUGUGUCUUCACCCCAUCCAUUUGAGCUAUCAGCUUGAAAGAGAAACAUUCGGUAGAUCUCCGCAGGUCUUAACUUUUAACCUGUGAGAGGUUUAGAAAAUAAAAUUCAGCUUCUUUGAGAAUUUAAAAAAGCUGUGUUAAGGAGGAGGAAAAAUAAGGACAGAUUUGUUUUUAGUACUUUUUUGAGAAGCUGUUUUUGUGGUUAACUAGCAGGGACAGUGAAACAAGGCCAUUUAACAGUGAAAAACGCCUUGAGGUUAUUGUGCAGGAUAAACUGUGGAACUGUUGUAUGUACAUAUUCACUCCAAACUCUAUAAAAAAUACUGUAAUUUAUCUUUCAGCAUAAUAUUGCACUGUUUUAGUUUUUAAAGUAUGCGUGUUUUAGGAUUCAUUAGAGGGAAUAUAACUCAGGUUUCGUUCGUUUAACUGGCCUCCCUCUGUAAUGUACCAUCUUUAGAUAGAGAGAGAGAGAGAGAGAGAAGAGGAAAGCGAAACUUUUUUAAGUAGAAAACUGUUCAGUCUUAAUGAUUGAGUUACCUAAGUGGUGUUGAAAUGACACUCACACCUUAUAUAUGUGUAAGGAACUUUUUGUGUUUAGAUGGUUUAGAUUUCAAUAGACUCGUGUACUGUAUGUGUGACUUUAAGUCAUUUGUAGACCGAGCUCAUUGUAGAUCGGCAGAUUCUAUCCUUUAGCUUCAAAACUUUUCAUAACUUUCUAGUGUCUUAAAGAAAAAACUACAUUGAAUAAGAUUUU